CGUGAGCUUGUUUGUGCUGAUUGGUAGACUACGAGAAUCUUGCAAGAGACCAUUGGUCUGGAGUUGAUGUUUGAAUCUCAACUGGGGCGGGACAAAUAAUACAGUGCAAAUUGUAAAAAUAUGAUGUUACGUUUUGUCUGGUUCUUUAUUUGUGGAUAUGCCAAUGUGGAUAUUUAAAGAGAAAAAUACGGCUUUAUAAUAAUAAGAAUUUUAUUUCCUGGUAUUUUUGAUUUGCAGAAAUUCAAAGUGUGUACUGGUACAGGCGAGGAAGCGGCGUGCUGAAGCUCCACGCACCGGCUUUCCCUGCAGUUAGUUGCUGAUCGCGCCUUUGAGUGUGGACGAUGGCUGGAUUUGUGAAGAAAGGUGUACUUUUAGAUAUCAGUCCAACUGAACGUUCCCUGCUGAACGCUGGUGCCAGUGUUAGACAAGCUGGCAUAGACAAACAAUGUCAUCCAGUUCUCUCACUAACUCACUUUUGUCGACCCCCUUUUGUGAGUUUUGACUCUGUUAGGGUUGGAACUUCCAGGUCUGGGAUUCUAUUUAUUGAAAAUCCUAGUGAACAUCUGGCGGAGGUCUUUUUGGACAAAUUCCCAUCUGCAAAAGGAUUUUCCGUGGAUCAGAGACAUUUUGUUUUGCAGCCUGCAGAGAGAGUUCCUAUUUCUAUAACAUGGACUCCAGUGGAAGAAGGAGGAGUGAGAGAACUGAUUACUUUUGCUGUUAAUGGCAGUGUAAAAGUUCAAGCAGUUUUGCUGGGUAAGGCAGAGCAACCUCAAAAGAAAAAGAAAAAUAUAGUGGGAGUCAGAACACGGAAGAUUUCAAAAGGUCCAGUUUAUUUAAAAACAAGAAAGAAUGAAUUUCAUUUAAAUGCUGUGAAUAGUACUUUCGAUGUUUCUAUUAAUAUGAAGAGCAGCACAGGAAGAAGAGUUAGAAGUCCACUUCAGUCUUGUGAAAACGUAUCCAUAAAGGAAGGGAACACCUUGACUGCCCAUAAUUCAAAAUAUGAUCCAAGUGACAGAGUACCAAUACUAUCAGUCAGUCCAUUACAGAAACAAGUUUGUGAUGAGACAAGCACACCUCAGUCUCUCUGGAGGUAUAAAAUGUGCUCUGUUUUUACAAGUACUGAAACUAAGGCAUUACAUGGAUUGAAGUCUAAUCUUAACUUUACCGUUGACUUGCAACAAAAACAAGUGGCAUCAACUAUAAAAAAUGAGGGGUCAACUGAACAAUGCAUAAUUGAGGAGAAUGAAAUUUAUGAACCUACUAAAAAGUCCACUCUAUUAAUGAAUCACACACUUUCACCUAUAGGUACUCCAGAUUCCCAGAUCUCUUCCUAUACUCCACUUAGCCAAAGAAGAAUCUUGAGCCCUGAUUCUUUCCUGAAUGACAGUUAUGUGCCAGAUGGCGAGACAGAUUUAGCAGUACCUGUUACUGUUUUGUCACCUGAUCAGUUUCUUAAAGACACCUUGGUAACUGUACAGCCUGCAUCAUUACAUUGUUCUAAACAGUCUGAUAUUCUGUCCAAGUCUUCUACUGCAAGCACAUCUGUGUCUGAUGAAUCUUCAUCCAAAAGUCAUCUUAAAUUUGGUGUUGAAAACUCUGAAAUCAACAGACCUCCACUUAUUCUCUCCAAAUCUUCUACUGCAGGCAUGUCUGUGUUUGACGUACCUUUAGCCGAAAGACACAAUAAAUUUGGUGUUGAAGACUCAGUUUGCUUAAAGUCUGAAUCAAACAGACCUCCAGUUAUUCAUGUGGAAAAGGCUGAGCGAUUGAGUUCCAGGUUAACUUAUUUUGAAAAAUCAGAUUUACCUUUACAAGGUCUUAAGGGUUCCAAAGAACUUCUCAUUCUGAAAAAUACUGAAAAGCAGAGGAAACGGCCAGUGCUAUCUGCUACAGUUGUUAAAAACAAGGCUGUCAAAAACAAUGCGUGCCCUGAUAUGGAAAGCAAAACAGAAACAAAGACUAAGCCAAGUUCUAGGAAAUGUCUUAACCUGAUGAAUACUGAUAACACUGAAAAGAAUGCGGUGUAUAAUAAACUGCCGGAGUGUCAUUUCCAGGGACUGCCUAUAAUUGAAUCUAGUGUAAGCUCUAAUGAUACGCAAAGUUCUUCAGAUAUAAUUUCUAAUCUGUGUCAAAAAAAUGUAUUCCGUAGCAGAAAGAGAAAAAGUGGAGAGCAUGCUUUACAUGAAAGUGCUAGUUGUAAAAUUAUGAAAGAGAAUAAAAAUAAAGUGACUUCUAUGGAAUUAAAGUCAUCUGCUUCUGCAAGAUCUGUUUCCUUACCACUGCAUGCUAUGGACAACUCCUCUAGAAAACAAAGAAAUGGCAGAUGUACCUUGGCUUCAGCUCCUUUAGCAAAAUCACAGAUGCCAAAGACAAGAAAGAUAGAAUCCCGUAUUCGUAAAGUGCCUACUAAUACACCAAUGAAAAGUUCAAAAGCAGUUGCAGGAGUUGCUCAGUCAAAACUUACCUUUGUAAAGCCAGUUAAAACAGUCAUCCCUAGACAUCCUAUGCCAUUCGCUGCUAAAAACAUGUUUUAUGAUGAGCGUUGGAAGGAAAAGCAAGAAAAAGGAUUUACUUGGUGGCUCAACUUUAUCCUAACGCCCGAGGAAUUUACAGUUGAUACAAACUCUUCUAAAGCUGUAGCAGCAGCCUUAAUUCUGGGCUCUGAGAAUCUGCAUAAAGUUAGUGUCGCCAAAGCACCAACCAAAGAAGAAGUGUCAUUAAGAGCCUAUACUGCAAAAUGCCGCCUAAAUCGUCUUAGAAGAGCUGCUUGCCGCCUUUUUACAUCUGAAUCUAUGGUUAAAGCUAUUCGAAGGCUGGAGAUUGAGAUUGAUGCUAGACGUUUGCUGGUUCGAAAAGACAGACAUCUCUGGAAAGAUAUAGGUGAACGUGAGAAGGUCCUGAAUUGGUUAUUGUCAUACAACCCCCUGUGGUUACGCAUAGGUUUAGAGACAGUCUAUGGUGAGUUAAUCUCCUUGGAGAAUAAUAGCGAUGUUGUGGGACUUGUUGUGUUUAUUCUCAAUCGGUUAUUAUGGAACCCUGACUUGGCAGCUGAAUACAGACACCCUUCAGUGCCUCACCUAUAUCGAGAAGGUCAUGAAACGGCGCUGUCACGUUUUACGCUAAAGAAGCUAAUUCUGCUAGUUUGCUUUCUUGAUCUUUCCAAACGCUCAAGACUUAUAGACCACGAUCCCUGUUUAUUUUGUAAAGAUGCAGUCUUCAAGGCAAGCAAGGAUAUUUUGUUGGCAUUCUCGAGAGAUUUCCUGAGUGGUGAAGGUGACCUUUCUCGCCACCUUAGCUUGCUGGGCCUGCCUGUAAGUCAUGUUCAGACCCCACGUGAUGAGUUUGACUUUGCCGUAACUAAUCUAGCAGUCGAUCUUCGUUGUGGUAUUCGCCUUGUGCGAACACUGGAACUUUUAACACAGAAUUGGAAUCUGUCCAAGAAAGUAAGGGUUCCUGCUGUAAGUCGUCUUCAGAAGAUGCAUAAUGUGGAUGUGGCUCUAAAUGUCCUGAAAGAACAUAACAUUUCACUUACAGAUGACUAUGGUCACAGAAUUGAUUGCAAAGAUAUAGUUGAUGGCUACAGAGAACGGACAUUGGCACUACUUUGGAGACUUGUCUUUGCUUUUCAGGUGGAGAUCCUGCUCAAUGUAGAUCAGCUGAAAGAAGAAAUAGAUUUUUUGACUCGUACAUUGCGUGUACAACAGAAGCUGGCUAGCUUGGCUUCCGACAGCCAUCCGGUAUUGAAAGAAAGACGAGAGUCAAGUAAUGUGCUGCUGUGUGACCAGAGCUCACGUGUGAAACUCCUAAUGGAAUGGGUUAAUGCUGUUUUGGCCUUUUACAACACUAGGGUCGAAAAUUUUACUGUGCCCUUUUCAGAUGGGAGAGUCUUUUGUUACCUUAUUCAUCAUUAUCAGCCUUCCUACCUGGGUUUUGAAGAUAUUCACCAACGAACCACUCAGACAGUUGAGUGUAAUCAUCGUGGCUCAGUGGGUUUGAACUCAAGUGCAUCAGAUAGUUCUUUGGACACCUGGCUGGAGUUUGACCAAACGGUCACAACUUCUGCACUUUAUAAGGAACUUCUUGAAAAUGAGAAACACAAUUUUGAAAUUGUGAGCACAGCAGUUGCUGAACUUGGUGGUGUACCAGCUAUGGUUCAUCAUGCUGAGAUGUCCAAUACUAUUCCAGAUGAGAAGGUUGUAGUGGUUUUCCUGACAUUUUUGUGUGCUCGACUUUUGGAUCUUCGCAAAGAGGCCAGAGCUGCCAGAGUUAUUCAGGCUGCUUGGAGGAAAUAUUUGUUAAAAAAGGAACUGCGUCUUAAGAUGGUUAAAGAUCGUGCUGCUAAAGUAAUUCAGGCAAUUAUUAGAAAAUUUCUUCUUCGAAGGCAACAAGAGAGACUAGUUGCUGCAACUGUUUUGAUUCAGGCAGUGUGGAGAGCGUAUCUGGCAAGAAAAGAGUUGCAAGAGCUAAAAUCUAAGAAGUUGAAAUAUAUUGCAAAUAAUGCAGCAAUAGUCAUUCAGGCUUGGUGGAGAAGACAUUUGGCAAGAAAGAAGUUCCAGCAAGUCAGACACUACACUGUGCUUAUGCAAGCUCACAUUAGAAGGAAAAUUGCUUGCUCUGCUUACAAACGUAUCUACUGGGCAACAGUUAUUAUUCAGAGAUAUGUACGAGCCUGGAUUAAGGCUAAAGCAGAUCGUAGAACUUUCUUAACUUUAAAGACCGCAGCCUGUGUGAUCCAAUAUAUGUUCAGAAGAUGGAAGAAGCAUAAACUACAGAUGCAAACUAAAGCUGCAGUUGUGCUACAGUCAAGUUUCCGGAAAUGGCAGGCACGAAAGAUGCGUUUUAGGUCUGCUGUUGUUAUUCAGUCUUGGUACAAAAUGCACAGGGGAAGGCAACAGUACUUGCAUAUCAGAAACAGCAUUUUACGAUUACAGUCUUGGUAUCGAGGGUGCAGAGCAGGACAACAACAAAGAGCUGAAUUUAUUGAAAUGAAAGCAGCUGCUGUUACCCUCCAGGCAGCUUAUCAUGGAUAUGUGGCCCGUAAAAUGAUUCACAGGUGGAAUGAUGCUGCACAUGUAAUACAGUCUACUUAUAGAAUGUUUAGGUGUCGUAAACGAUUUAAACUAUUGAAGUGUGCUGCUCUAGUAGUACAGCGGCACUUCAGAAACAGGCUUGUUAGAAAGCAGCAGUGCUACUCUUUUGAGCUUUGUUCAGUGGCUCUGAGUAGUCCAUCUGUUUGUAAGGGUAGAUAUGUGAGAAGCGCUGCAAUUACACAACAUCAAGCUGCAGUUGUCAUACAGUCUUAUUAUCGAAUGUAUGCCGCACAAAAAAAGCUCAGAUUGAAGAGAUCAGCUGCUUUGGUAAUACAGAGGCAAUUUAGGGCAAUUUGCAAAGGAAGAGCAUAUCGAUUUUAUUAUUUACAAGCGAGAAGAGCUGCUGUAACCUUACAGAGAGCAUACAGAAGAUGGAAGUAUAAAAAAUUCAUGCAAAGGCUUUACAAAUCUGCUACUGUAGUUCAAGCAGUGUUUAAAUGCUACAUACUUCAUAAGAGAUUCAAGAAACUUAAAGCUGCAAGUGCUCAAAUUCAGAGAUGGUAUCGUAGAGUUUCGCUGUACAAGAAUGAGCGAUAUCAUUACCUCCUGCUGCGCAGCUCUGUAGUAAAAAUUCAGGCCACUUAUAGGGGUAUAAAAGUGAGAAAAGAGAUGCAGAAAAUGCACAAGGCAGCUACUGUGAUUCAGACCAUGUUCAGAAUGCAUAAAUCGCAUGCUUCAUUUCAAGCCCUGAAAGCAGCAGUGGUCAUCAUACAGAGCCAUUAUAGAGCUUACCGUAGAAGAAGGGAAGAUCAGCAGAAAUAUUUAACAACAUACAAGGCAGUAGUUGUUGUUCAGUCACUUUACAGAGGUAUGAAGGUUCGGCAGCAGUUAAACACAAUGCACAAAGCAGCAACAACAAUACAGUCCUUCUAUCGAAUGCAUAAACAGCGGAGUCAUUUCAGGAAACUUCACUGGGCAGCUGUUGUUAUGCAGCAACGUUACAGGGCACGCCAGUCAAGGAAUAUUCAAGUAGAAGAAUACAGGAAAUUGAAAAAGGCAGCUGUUUGUAUUCAGUCUACGUUCCGAAAUAUGAAGACAAGAAGGCAGUUUCAAACAAUGCACAAAGCAGCUACUGUACUUCAAAGUAACUUUAAAGCUUGUGUUAAAAGAAGAUAUUAUAUUCAUCUUAAGGCAGCUGCUAUUACUGUUCAGCAGUGUUAUCGAGCAAGACUGGUAGCAAAAAAACAAAGGCAAGAAUAUUUGCAUGUUCGGAAGGCUGUCACUGCUAUACAAGCUGCAUACAGAGGUAUGAAGGUGAGGCAGCAGAUCCAGCAGAGAGACGAGGCUGCUACCAUUAUUCAGACCUUGUACAGGAUGCACAGGGUACACAUUUCAUUUUGCACACUGAAUUCAGCAGCAAUCAUUAUACAGAGACAUUACAAAGCUUACCGUAAAGGUAAGGAGGAACGGCAGAUGUAUGUGACAGUACGCAAGUCAGCUGUUAUCAUUCAGGCAUUUUACAGAGGUGUGAAAGUACGGCAGCACUUAAGAAUGAUGCAAAAAGCAGCAACAGUCAUACAGUGUUAUUAUCGAAUGCACAGGCAGCAUAGCCAUUUCAGGAAAUUGUGCUGGGCAGCAAUAGUUGUGCAACAACGAUAUAGAUCCCUUAAGACAGAGUAUGUCCAUUUACAAGACUACAGCAGAAUGAAAAAGUCAGCCAUAUGUAUUCAGUCUACAUUUCAUGGCAUGAAAACAAGAAGGCAGCUUAAAACAAUGCAUAAGGCUGCUACUGUAAUUCAGAGCAACUUUAAAGCAUAUGCUGAAAGAAGGCGCUAUUGCUGUCUUAGAACAGCUGCUGUUACUAUCCAGAGAAGGUAUCGAGCAGCAGUUCACACAAAGCAGCAACGUGAAGAUGAUCUCUCUAUGCAGAAGGCUGCCAUCAUUUUAGAAGCAGGGUAUAGAGGUAUGAAAGUGAGGCGACAGUUCAAACAUUUGCACCAAGCAGCUACUGUAAUUCAGGCAGCAUUUAGGAUGCGUAGACUUCGUAUACCAUUCCUUGCAAUGAAGGCAGCAGCAAUCAUUAUACAGAAGUACUACAGAGCUUACCAUAAAGGUAAGGAGGAGCAACAGCAGUAUUUAAGAAUAUACACAUCAGCUGUUGUAAUUCAGUCCUUUUAUAGAGGUAUGAAAGUACGAAAGCAAUUAAAAAUAAUGCACAAAGCUGCAACAGUGUUGCAAUCACAUUACCGAAUGUACAGAGAACAGAAGUACAAGAAAUUCUGUUACUCAGCAUUACUAAUACAACAAAGGUAUAGAGCCCUUAAAGCUGGUAAAGUACAGUUACAGGAAUACCACAAAAUGAAGAAGGCAGCCAUCUGCAUCCAGUCAGCAUUCCGUAGUAUGAAGGUAAGAAGGCACCUUCAUGAAAUGCAUAAAGCUGCUAGUGUACUUCAGAGUAACUUUAGAGCGUAUGCUCAAAGGAAAAACUAUUGUUGCCUUAAAUCAGCUGCUGUUACUGUUCAACGCUGGUAUCGAGCAGCAGUUCUUGGAAAACGAGAGCAUCAAGUGUAUUUGUGUUUUCGGAGAGCUGUCAUUACUUUGCAAGCUGCUUACAGAGGUUGGAAAGUGAGGAGUGAAAUUAAACAGUGGCAGAAGGCUGCCACUGUAAUUCAGGCAACUUUCAAGAUGCACCAGUACCAUACCACAUUCCUUGCCUUGAAAACAGCAACAGUCAUUAUACAAAGACAUUUCAGAGAUUAUUAUAAAGCUAAAAUAGAACGAGAAAACUAUGUCUUGGUGCAGAAGUCAGCAGUCAUCAUUCAGGCCUAUUACAGAGGUAUGAAGGUUCGACAGCAACUGAGAAAAAUGCACAAAGCAGCAACAUUGAUACAGUCCGUGUACCGAAUGAAUAGACAAAGCAGUUAUUUCCAAAAACUCCGAUGGGCAGCUGUAGUUUUGCAGCAACGACAUAGAGCCCUUGUUCUGAGGAAUAACGUAAAGGAGUAUAGAAGAAUGAGAAACGCAGUCAGCUCUAUUCAGUCUGCAUUCCACAGCAUGAAGAAAAGAAAGCAGCUUGAAGCAAUUCAUGCUGCUACUGUAAUUCAGAGUGCCUUUAAAGCAUAUGCUGUAAGGAGGAAAUACUUUCAUCUUAAGGCAUGUACUAUUGCUAUUCAGCAGUGGUAUAGAGUGACGGUACUAGCUAAACAACAACGACAAGAAUAUGUUCGUGUUCAGAAAGCUGCUAUUACUCUACAGGCUGCAUACAGAGGUAUGAAAGCAAGGCAGCAGAUCCAGGAGAGCCACUAUGCAGCAGCUAAGAUUCAGGCAACAUUUAGGAUGAGUAGAUUGUAUGUUUCAUUUCAGACAAUGAAAGCAGCAGCAGUUGUUAUACAGGUUCACUUCAGAGCUUAUGUGUGUGGCAGAAGCGAUAGAGAAAAAUACCUAAAACUGAGAAAUAGUGCCAUUUUUCUUCAGGCUGCUUACAGAGGAAUGAAAGCCAGAUGUGAGCUGCAGGAGAUGCAGAAUGCAGCUACAAAAAUCCAAGCACACUAUAGAAUGCACAGGUGUAGCUUCUAUUACAAAAGACUUUGCUGGGCUGCUAGAGUUAUACAAGAAAGUUACAGAGCAUGUAAAGCCAGAGAAACUGCAUCAUGGGAUUAUGCAUGCUUGAAGAAAGCUGCUGUUGUCAUUCAGUCUGCCUUCAGAGGUAUGAAGGCAAGGAAAAAAGUUAAGGAAUUGCGCCAGGCUGCUACAGUUAUUCAAAGGGCAUUCAAAACUUAUACAGAAAGGAAGAAAUACCUUGGACUAAGAGCAGCUGUUAUUUCCCUUCAGACACAAUAUUGGACAGUAGUUUUAGGAGGAAUGCAACAUCAGAAAUAUCUUUCCAUAUGUAAGGCAGCAGUUGCCAUUCAGGCUGCAUAUCGAGGAUUCAGAGUUAGGAAGAAAGUUAAGCAAAUGCAUAUGUCUGCCACGUGUAUCCAGGCAGCGUUUAGAAUGCAUAAGGUGAGAAAAGAAUACCAGUCAAUAAAAUGGUCUGCAGUGAUUAUUCAAAGGAGGUACAGGGCUCAUGUCAGUGGAAAAGUUCAGCACCAGAAAUAUUUAGCUAUAUAUAAAGCAACUGUUCUUAUUCAGUCAAGGUGGAGAGGCUUGCAAGUUCAACAGCAGCUUAAAGUAAUGCACUGGGCUGCAACAGUGAUACAGUCUCACUAUCGAAUGCACAGACAGCGCACCCACUAUAUGAUGUUGUGCAGGGCAACUAAAAUGACACAACAAAUGUUCAGAGCACGGAGCCUCAGAGAUGCUGAAGUAUGGCAUUACAACAGAUUGAAAAAAGCUGCUGUCUGCAUUCAGUCUGCUUUCCGUGCCAAAAAGGCAAGACAGUUAAUGUGCAGAACUCUGGCUGCACAACGCAUCCAGUCAUUCUUACUAAUGUCUAUAGACAGGAAACAUUUUCUUCGGAAAAAAGCUGCUGCAAUUGUACUUCAGUCCAUGUUUCGUGGAUAUAGAGAGAGAGUGAAUUUCAAGUUAAUGCAGUAUGCAGCAGUUGUAAUUCAGCGGCAGUAUAGAGCAUGGAAGUUGAUGAAUUCUGAAAAAACAAGAUAUCAGACAGUUAAGCAAGCAGCUGUCAUUAUUCAGUCUGCAUUCAGAGGAAUGGCUGCUAGAAAUAUGGUCAAACGCAAAGUUGCUGCUGUUAGGAUUCUUGCAUUUCUUCGUAUGGCUGUGUGUCGAAGAAAAUUUCUUCAACUUAGAUCAGCAGCGGUUUUGUUACAGGCUCAGUAUCGUGCACAUUGUGCCAGAAAAUUAUACCUAAGAAUUAAGUGUGCAGUUCUGACAUUACAGAAAUAUUACAGAGCUUGUGCUAGCAUGAAAAAACAGAGAAUGAUUUACCUGAAAACACGGGCAUCCAUCAUUUUCCUUCAGUCAAGAAUCAGAGGAUUUGUUCAGAGCAGGAGAUUUCAGACACUUAAAAAGAGUACAGUUGCAAUUCAGAAAUAUUUCCGGGGAUUUAUUCAGAGGAGAAAGUUCCUUCAUUACAAAAAUUCUGCCAUAGUAAUACAACAGUAUUACAGAGCACAUUGUCUGAGAAAAACUGAGCAGCAGAAGUAUUUGGAUCAAAAAAAUGCAGCUCGAUUAAUCCAGGGUGCCUAUCGGAGAUUCACUGGCAGGCAAACAGUAAAACGUGUGCAAGCUGCUUGUAGAAUCCAGGCCUGUUUUAGAGGCUAUAAAAUUCGAAGGGAAUUGAGAGACAUGAAGAAAGCGGCAGUUACAAUUUGUGGUUUUCUUCAAGCAAGAAUCCAGAGAGCAAGAUUUUUGAAGAUUCGCACUUCAGUAGUUGUCAUACAAAAACGUUGGAGAGAGAUCAUUCUAACACGGAAAAUACGAGAAGAAUUCCUGACUGCCAGAGCAUCUGCUAUCAAAAUCCAGGCAACAUUCAGGGGAUUCAAGGCUCGAAGGCAACUAGCUAAGGAAAACCAUGCAGCCACUUUGAUUAAGGCAACAUACAAAGGAUUCAAGCAAAGGGCAUUAUUCCUUAAGCAAAGAAGUGCUGUAUUAAUAAUGCAGAAGUAUGUGUGCGCCUGGCAGAAAGGAAAGGCUGAGAGAAUAACAUAUAAGAGAACCAAAAAAGCUGUUAUUACAAUUCAGGCCUUUGUUCGUUCCUGGCUGGUCAGAAAAAAAAUUGCUGAUCAAAGGCAAGCUGACAGGAGGCUUCACUUUACAGCUGCAGCUUAUCAUCAUCUAUGUGCUGUUCGCAUCCAAAGGACAUACAGAGCUUACAGUACACUGAAACGAGCAAGAAGUCAGAUGCAUUCCAUAAUUUUCAUACAGAGAUUGUUCAGGGCCGGGCUACAGCAGAGAAGAUUUCAGCAGGAGAGACUUUGUAUUGUAAGAUUACAACGAAGACUGAGAGCAUUCCUGGCUCGUCGGAAUAAAGCGGCUACUACAAUUCAAAGCGCUGUACGCCAAUUCUUAUUCAGGAAACAACAAAGAAAAGUGCAGAAUGGUGUUAUGAAGAUCCAGGCUCUUUGGAAAGGCUAUUGUUGGCGAAAGUACAAUGACACAAAUAAAAUAAUUGCUGUACGUCACAGGCUAGAACAAGCUAAUAGAGAAAGCAAAGAGGAAAACAAACUCUUCAACAGAACUGUUCUUGCCUUGGAUUACCUUCUGAAGUACAGUGAUUUAGCUUACAUUCUUGCAGCAUUAAAACAUUUAGAGGUUGCAACCAGACUGUCUUCGGUUUGCUGUGAAUAUCUUGUGCAGAGUGGAGCGAUUAUAAAUAUUUUUAUUUUGAUCAGAAGUUGUAACCGCAGUGUUCCAUGCAUGGAAAUCAUUAAAUAUGCAAUUCAGGUCCUGCUUAAUCUUUCAAAGUAUGAAAAAACUACUGAAGCUGUUUAUGAUACUGAACAUUCUGUUGAAACACUACUAGACCUGAUGCAGAUUUACAGAGAAAAGGCUGGUGACAAACUUGCAGACAAGGGAGGAAGCAUUUUUACAAAAGUCUGCUGUUUGGUAGCUCUUCUUCUGCAAAACAGGCACAGAGCUUUGGAGAUUCGAAAUAUGCCAGAAGCAAGAGCACGCAUUUGCAGCAUAUAUAGGCUUACAGCUCGUAAACAUAAGAUGGAUGCUGCAAGAGCUGUUACCAAAUGGAAAAUGAGCAGCUCACUGAAUUCAAGUACAUACAUGCCAUCUACUCCAGUUAGAACUAAAAUGGUUUCCAGAAUUCAACCAGAUUGGGUUUUAAGGAAAGAUAAUAUGAAGGAGGUAGUGGAUCCUCUUCAAGCAAUUCAGAUGGUUGUUGAUACACUUGGUUUGUCUCCUGUUAUGUAAAUAGUGCAAACAUAUCUAAAUGUAAAAAUGUACAGAAAAUAUCCAUAAAUGUAAAUGAAUGUAAUAUAGUUUGCACCUUGUUUUGUUACUUUUUAUCCAGGCAAUUCAUUUUGUAUAAAAUAUUCACCCACAAUUAACAGUCAUUGUAAGGAAGGACACGUAUUGUGUUUUGUAUAUGGUUUUAUAUUAAUUUAAACAAUGGGCAGCUGUGCAGAGUUACCUGACUUUGUCUGUUAUAAUUUAAUCCAGAAACGUGAACCCAUCUCAUUUAAGGAUCCUCCUGAUUUCUGUUUCAAAUAAGUACUUUUAUAUGGAAUGUCCCAAAACAUUCAAAUUUUUUUGGGAAAUUAAGUUUUAUAUUUUAUGUAUGCCUUACUGUGUUGCACUGCUUUUAAUUAAAUCAGUUAUUGUGCUGCUUUA